AUGGAGGAGGACCAGAAGGCCAGCUCCCCUGAUGAAGAGGAGACCAUCACCUCUGACUACCAGAUUUUACAUAAACUGGGCCAAGGCAGUUUUGCUGAGGUCAAUCUUGCAUGUCACCUGCCUACAAAUAUUUGUGUGGCUAUUAAAAAACUGAAAAGGGGCAAUGACUCUGUAAUUAAGAGUGAAAUACUUGCUUUGAAAGCCAUGGAUCAUCCCAACAUUGUCCGACUGUACAGCAUAAUUAACACACAGGAGUUUACGUAUCUUGUCAUAGAGAACGCUCCAGGAGGAACCCUAUUGAAUCAUGUGCUCACAGCAGGCACACUGGCAGAGGCGGAGGCCCAGAGACUGUUUUCACAACUAGUGUUGGCUGUGGCACAUUGCCAUGCCAAGGGAUUUGCCCAUCGCGACAUCAAGCCCGACAACAUCUUGCUGGAUAAGAAAAAUAGUAUCAAACUGUGUGACUUUGGCCUCUCGAUUCAAGCCACUCCUGGCAAGAUUCUUAAGCGAUGCUGUGGUGCAACCUUUUACUGUGCCCCAGAAAUGCUAGACGGUCAGGGCUAUGAUCCCAAGAUGCAGGAUAUCUGGAGUCUGGGAAUAGUACUCUAUUUCUCAGUCUCCGGAUACCUCCCGUUUAAAGGGGUAACACGCUCUAACCUAAAAGAACAUAUCUUGGUUACGUGUAAACAAAAAGACCUUGGCCUCCCUUCAGGACUGUCAAGUGACAUAGUUAACAUCAUCCACACCCUGUUGACGGUUAACCCCAGGUUGAGGCCCGCAAUUGAUGACAUCAAGACCCACCCUUGGUUGACGUUUGGUGGAAAACCUGCCCAGCCCCCCUGCAAAGACACACCCGUGGACAGCGCUCACCACCGCAUUUCUCUCCUGAUGAGCAUCCUGGGCUACAGUGCCGACGCGCUCACGCAGGCGCUACACGACAAGACCUACGACAGCGUGAUGGCCGCGUACUUGAUCUUAAAGCACGAAAGUCCCUGGGGAGAACAUGCUGAAGGGCAAAGUGCAUCGAGGUUCUCCAGUGGUGUGGUUAGGACCCUGCUGGGAAGACCGGUCAGCGAAGGUGCCCGCCCUACACUCGCCAUAUCUGCCAAGCCACACGGCCAGAAAGCCACUGGUGACAGGCAGAAGCACAGCUGCCCUGACAUCUGUGCCCCACAGCCUGACUGUGCUGUGCCCGAGGUGAGCGGUUCUGCCGAGCCCAGCAGCAGCUUGUCUGGAAGCAAUGCACUACCAGUGGACACAUCAGCUCCUGUCUCCUCCAGUGUGCCCUCAGAGUCUGUGACCUCCAGUAGGCUAGGUGACAUAGAAAUUGAAACUGAUGACAAUUGCACAGAGGAUGCCAGCCCAAGAAGCCAGUCUCCAACCAAUCCUGGGAUGAGCUCUGUGGUCUGGGACCAUGGAGUGAGGGUCAGCCUGGAUUCUUCAGAAAGUACCAACAAGAACUGA